CAUAUAAACCAAGAUUGGUAUAUUGUUUCCAUUAACAAACAAGAUGAUACCAAGUGGGGAGAUUCAAUAGCCGAAGAAUUGACCAGAGUUACUCCAAUUAAUAUCGAUAAUAUUCCAAUGACUGUAAAGUUCUUGGCUGAAGAUACUGACCAAGACAUGAUUAAAUUCAAGUUCCCCGAUCAGGACAUUUACGCCCAACAAUUUGCCAAAUGCCAAGAAUGGCUCCAUCUGGGGGACUCGUAUGAACUUUGUCUUACUACACAACUGAAAAUCCAAUUACCAAGCUAUAUAGACCCAUGGGACAUUUACAAAGUGCUCACACUUCGUAAGAAUCCUAGUCCAUUUUCCUGUUUUAUGCAAUUUGACGAUUGUGUGCUUCUUUCGUCUUCUCCAGAACGAUUCUUGUCGUGGAAGGAUGACGAGAAGAGCCAAGCUAAAAUGGCAGAACUCCGUCCUAUCAAGGGAACAGUAAAGAACACCGAUGAUGUGACUCAUGAAAUGGCAUCGGCUAUCCUCAAGACUCCCAAGGAAAUGGGUGAGAAUCUUAUGAUUGUCGAUUUAAUCCGCCAUGACCUUUUCCAGUUCCUUAGCUCUGUACAAGUGACCCAGUUGAUGACGGUGGAAGAAUACAAGACUGUGUUCCAGUUAGUCAGUGUUAUUCAAGGAUCUCUUGACAGACAAGGGUAUCAUGGAAUAGAUCUCUUGCAUUCGUCGCUUCCUCCAGGGUCCAUGACCGGUGCGCCUAAGCGAAGAUCUGUUGAGCUUCUUCAGGAUAUUGAGAGUAUGCAAGAGGGAAUAGUAGGUGGAAGAAGAGGAAUAUACAGUGGUGUUGUGGGGUAUUGGUCGGUCACUGAUGAUGCCGAUUGGUCGGUUAUUAUUCGACUGGUGUUUCAUUAUGUUGAUGAUGUUAAUAAUAGAGAUAAUACCAAAUGUUGGAGGAUAGGUGCAGGGGGUGCUAUCACAGUAUUGAGUGAUGCGCAAGGAGAAUGGGAAGAGAUGGAUGUGAAAUUGAGAAGUGCAUUACUGGCAUUUGUUGAUGAUGUUUAGCUAAAGACUGGCAUUGUCUUUUUUGUACAUAGCUUGUAUAUAUACAUCUAUAGAUAUAGAUUAAUAGAAUGACUAAUACGUAAUAGACGAGAUGUGUGUACCAGUAAAUAACCAUGGCUAUCUAUGCUACCAUGUUGGUCACGUGACAUACGAGAGAAUUUUUUUGCUGAUUUUUUUUGCGAAGAAAAAAAAAACUGAAAUUGUCGACACUUUGAAAAGGGCAACAUCAUAUCCACUUGUUUACCAUCAAUCAUUAGAUAGUACAACAUACAAUGUCAUUCUUUGGGUUUGAUCCAACUGCUCCUCCAGCAGGAAGGAACAACAACAAGAAAGAAGUUUACGAAUUCCAAGAAACUUAUGAAGGAUUAGACGAAGCCGAUGAUGCUUUUAAUGAUGAGACAUUUGGGACCAGCACUGGCGAAAUCAGAAAAGAUUUCGACUUCGGUGCCGGUGCCGGUGCCGGUGCCGGUGCCAGUGCUCCUCCUGCAGCUGCUCCUGCCACUGCUUCUACCGGUUCUGUUUCACAAGGUGUCAGCUAUGCUCAAGCUGCUGCUCCUACUGACGACGAGUUUAUGCAAGAUCUUUGGGGCACCAACACUCCAAUCAAGCACGAACAGCCAAUUGCCAGUGGUGAAAGAAAGAUCUUGUCGUUAGAAGAAAUCGAAGCUCAAUUGACCGCAAUUGAUCCUCUGGCCCAACCUCCUCAACAACAGCAGCAACAACCUCAAGGUCAAUUCAUGCAACCAUACAUGAUGCCUCCACCUCAAUUUGGAUAUAUGAUGCCUCCCCCACCGGGUGCAUACAUGCCUCCUCCACCUCCUCCCCAGGCGUAUGGACAAAUGCCCGGAUGGAUGCCUCCUCCACCUAUGGGUGUUCCUCCCCAACCACCAGUUGGUCAACCUGUGCCUCAACAAUCGCAACCGCAACCUAUCCCUAAUACUGCCGGAUCAGUGCAACCAGCUGAAGAAAGUCAAGUUCAAGAAGGAGCCCCUGAAACAGCUGUUGACAAUUCUGUGGUAUCUUCUUCCCCUCCUAAGAAGGUUGACUUGUCCCACUUUCCUGUUCUUGGCUCAAAGGAAGCACAUGAUGCUCACCACCAACCUCAUCGCCAACACCAACAACAACAACAACAACAACAGCAGCAACAACAUCAACAACAACAUCAACAUAACCACAUUGCUCCACUCCAAUCUCAAGUCCACCCUCCUCAACACACUCUUACUCCUGAAGAACAAGAACGUGCUGCUCGCAGACAAGAAAAAGUGUCGAGAAUCAUGAAGUAUUCUGGUAUUAUGAACCCUAAAGACAAGGAUUUCGUCACUCGUUUCCAAUUGUCGCAAAUUGUCACCGAAGAUCCUUACAAUGAAGAUUUCUAUGCCCAAGUCUACAAGGUCAUUCAUCCAAAGAAUGACAAUGUCCAACCUAUGGGUAGUACCAACAACUCCAUUGCUCAAGCCUAUUUGGAACAAAGUGGUCAUCGUUUAGGUGGAAGAUACAAGCGUGCCGAUGUCGCCUUGCAAAGAAUGCAACAACAAGUGCAAAAAGCCGUCACUGUGGCCAAGGAAAGACCUAAGUUGACUCAAUAUGCCAAGGAAGGCGCAUUGGGUAAGAUCUCGUUUGGUACCGGUAAGAAGCCAAGACAACAAUUGGAAAUCAUCAGUAAGGCUGCGGAAAGAGAAAGAGCCGGUGAAGUUAAGCAAGAUAAGGAAAUCACUCUGUAUUCCAAGAAGGAUAUUUUGAAUAUCUUGGAAGGAAUAAUCACCGAAUUGAUGAAUGUUGAAAGUGAAACUAGAGCGUUGCAUGACAUUGACACUAGUAAAUUAUGGGAUUCUCUCAAGGUAUUGGAACAUGCGUCAUGUUCUGGUGAUCCAGAACCUGAGGUCAACCCAUUCAUUCAAUGUUUGAACUAUAACAAGAUGUUGAAGAUCUUACCCCGUUUGUUCAAGUUUUUGAACCGAGAACAAAUCUUGACCAUCACUACUUUAAUCAUGUCCAACUUGGAAAAUCUCGCCGUGAUAAAACAUGGUUCUUAUACUACCUAUGCUAACAAGCGUGUUCCUGAAAACAUUGCCCAUCUUGUUGAUUCUUAUUCCAUGACCUUUUCUAAGGUAUUGAUGAAUGCCGUUCUAGACUUUAAGUUUAAUGAAAUCAUUGGUCUUUUGGUUAUUCUUAUCGAGCACAACAAUGUGUCGUUUGUGUCCACUACUAAGAUCGGUCUUUCUAUCUUGACCACCUUGCUUUCUCGUGCUGAACUUAUCAUUGGUGAAGGAACAAUUUCUGCUACUGAUCUUUCCGAAUGGUCAUCAUGUUACGAUGAAUUAUUCACUUCUCUUGAAUCGAGAAUUGCCGCUAUCUUCCCACCCCACCCCGAAGACGUUGACGAUGGAUCCUCUCGUGAGAAUUACGUCUGGCAAUUCUUGGCUACUUUGAGUUUGGGAGGUAAGUUGAGCCAUCAAAGAAUCAUUGUUGAUGAAGUCAGAGACGAGAUCUUUGGUGUCAUGGCCAGGGCCAAGGAUAUUGACCCAGCCGACGUUGCCAACUUGUACAAGAAGCAAAACUUGUUGAAUAACUUGAAUAUGUAUUUGGUCGUGAUGGGAUUAGUUGCUGAUGAAAACGAAAUCAAGGAGUUGCAGUCAUAAGAGUUUAAACUUUUGUAGAAUAAGAUAAUAGCGUGUACUAUAUCAUAUAAAACAUUUCGAAUAUAAAAACAUACUUUUUUUUUUUGUUCAUAAACUAUUAAUACUAUAAUGCUACACAGGGCAGAGGUUUAUACAGGUCCUCUGAAAGUUUACGUUGCGCUUGGUGACGGUGUGAACUGCUCAUUAUACUGGAAACAUCCGAUGUGAUGGAGCCGUGUCGUGCCCAUGAAGAUUCUGAUGAACUCUUGCGGUACAUCUCAGUCCUUACCAGAACUUGAUCCUGUCGUUUGGCAAUAAAAGGAGGGAGCAAAUCUUUAGGCUGUUCUUCCUCGGCAUUUUGUUCGCUGAUUAUUUGAAUUGGGAUAAAUGACAGCCUUACUUUGAAUUCACUUGGGUCCUUGGCUGCUUGCAGCGUGUGUCCCUUGUGUGUAGCCAUCAGCAAUAGGUUAUUGACGUGCCGUUGUUCUAAUAACAACUUUUUCAAAUGAGCAAUCUCACGUUCUUGCUUAGCCAUAAUGCUUUGGUGUUUCGCAACGAGGUUCACCAUCUCUAACCUAUAUAUUGACGACCUAUCAUUUGUCGUUGUCUCUUCCAAAGUACCAGACUUUGAAAUGAUAGUUUGAGAAAUCGGAUCUUCUUCAUUAAGCUCUUCUUCAAUAAAGAGGGAAUCGUUGUCGCUGUGAUGCUCCUCAUAUUCGGGCAUCUCGACAAUCUUUACAUGUGCAGGUUGAUAUAUUUGUACAUUGGCUUCAGUGACCGAAGCACUGGAGCUGGUGGUGGUAAAGGGAUGGGUAUCUUCUUCUUUGGACGUGCUUGUACUUAAUACAUUAUCAUCGAAUGAUAUUGCAUAUGGUGAAAGCGGAAUUGUAGCGAGCGAGACUCCGUAUUCGUCUUCUGUUAGAAACGCAUCUGCUAAGAAAUUAUGGUGGUUGUUGAUUUCGGAGGGUGGGGUGUGGAAGAUAUCACUGCCACCAUGCAAGAUUCUGUCCUCAAAUGCGAUUACUGGUGGCGCGCGAGGCGAAUCGCUAUUACUAGCUCUCGAUGAGCGUGUUGAUAAUUUCCUAAAGAAAUCACGACAGCUGGAGGAUUUCCGAACUUGUGAAGGCCCAGGGGUGUUUUGAACUAUUUGAACAUGUGUAUGUAUAGAAUUGGACCCCUUCUGUACGUUUUGUUUACGGAUUUUCUCCGUCUUUUCUCGCCUUUUGAAUAACUUGCCAAGGGUCAAUAUACAGUUGGGCAUGGGAAUGGGGUUGUUGUGUAUGAGCAAUGAAUAUGGAUCUAGGUGUU